GGUCUGGAGUUCUCUCUUGUCCAGCAAGAGAGCGUCUGCAGAAUUGAAAUGCAAGAGAGGCUAAUGUCCGAGAGGAGACGAGCCCUGAGUAAGGUCCUUGCUCCAUCUUUAUUAGGAUCAGAAGGCUUACAAGCAUGAUGGAUGUGCACAAAGAGACAGUGAAACAAUGAACGUUAACUCAUGGGCAUGGGGAAAAGGGGGUUUUGAAGAUAUGCAGUGUUAGCAGUUUGGGUCAAUACAAAACAAAAUCCUGGAGCUGGGUGGAAGGUUUUUUACAGCAGACAUGAGGCACCACCUCUGUUUACCUAAACUGGCCUAGGUAAAGAUAAGAGGCACCACCUCUGUUUACCUAAACUGGCCUAGGUAAAGAAAGACAGAGCAGGCUACCUCAGGGUCAAAAAGACACCUUUCUUUUGCUAAUUGGCUCCACUCUGGGCAACUUUGCCCUGCCCUGUCUAAAGUCCUGUUUUCCUUUUUUUUUUUUUUUUUUUUUUUUUUGUCCUUCCUUCCUAUGAAAGCAGCUUUCUGCUAUUGUACUAAGUUGGGGGGCAUUUCUGCCCUGAAUACCUAAUCUUGUUUACCUCAUUUUGGAUGCUUCCAUCCUGAGAUUUCCUAUUCCUAUACCUUUGUCCUAUACUGGGAGACUUUGCUCUGUUUACCUAAUCUUGUUCACCCAAACUUGAGUGUGUUUAUCCUGUGGCUUUCUAAUUCUUUAUGCCUUGUUAACCCAUGGUGGAAACUCAGGGAAUUCCUAACCUUAUUUCCCACACACUAAUGCUCCAUUCUAUAGCAUUAAGUAGGCUCUCAAGAGCUCCUAUGAAUUAGUUCAGGAGGGGGAGGUAAUGACUGGGAGAUUUGGUGUUGCCCACAUUCCCAAAGCAGAAAUUGUGGGCCCAAGAGCAAGUAUUUUGUUGCCUGUUACUGUGGCCACAUUUGCAAUUCUCAGUUCAGAACUCUUUGGUAGUAAGUCAAAGUCCUUGACUUCUUUAUUUAUAGAGCAAAGGUAUGGCCAAACGGUGCCAAUGAAGGUCAAGCAAUUUGUUUAUGACAAAAAUUAAUAAAAUAUGUGAGUAAAAUGUAGGUGCUAUUCCUAAGAGGGAGAGGUUUAGAAAGCAUAGAGAAUGAAAAAGGGGAAAAUAGGAGGGGACUGGGUUCAAUACGUUUUAAAAGUUAAUAGGAAACUAGAGCAAACAGUGGGCCAUAAGCCGGUGCUUCUCUUGUAUUAGUUUGGUCAGAUUGCAAAGAUGUUUUUGGGGUUUUGAUUAAUAAGAACUCUAGGGAGUGCCAUUCUUCCUUUAGGGAUGGAAAGGGAGGCUCAAGAGGAAAAAGUCAGGUACUUUGGUUUGUAAUCAGGGCUCUCUCUUCUGGGCUAGUUGGGGAUGGGUUAAUGUCUCAGGUCUUGAGUGAGUCAUAAAAUUAGAUUCUUACUUUCAGUGUUUGGAAUUUGGCAGUUUGUGUGGACAAAUAGUCUUUUUAUUCAUUUUGUAAUCUCAGCUUUGGAGUUCAAAGAGUGCUCAGAUAAGGGUAUGUCUUAUCUGUUGGAUUUUGUUUAGAAAGGAUAUCAUAGGAACUUGAGAUUAUGAAGAUAUCAAGCCAGAAUUUAUAUUUCUGAGGGAGAAUGACAGGCUCUCUGAAAUUAACUUUUCUUUAUUCAGUCUUCCCCCAUAUCUCCAUUAAUAUUUCUCCCUCUUUUUAAAGAUGACUUCCUAGAAUAGUAUAGAAGAAACUGUCUUAGUUUGGGCUUUUGAAUUGUGGUCCCAUUUUUAUAUUGUUUGAAGGAUGAUUUUCUUUUCUUGUAUUUUUAAGUUUGUUUAUUUAUUUUGAGAGAGAGAAUGAUAGAGCACAUAUGAAGGGGAGGAGGAGCAGAGAGAGAGAGAGAGAGAGAGAGAGAGAGAGAGAGAGAGAAUCCCAAGCAGGCUCCAUGCCCAGCGCAGAGCCUGAUGUGGGGCUGACAUUAAAAGAAACUCAUCCUGGGGCACCUGGGUGGUUCAGUUGGUUAAGUGUCUGACUCUUGAUUUCAGCUCAGGUCAUGAUCUCACAGUUCGUGGGUUCGAGCCCCGUGUCAGGCUCUGCACUGACAUUGCGGAGCCUGCGUGGAAUUCUGUCUCUUCCUCUUUCUCUGCCCCAUCUGAAGAUCACACACACACUCACACUGUCUCAAAAUAAAUGAAACAAAAAACAAAACAACAAAAAAAACAACCCAGACUGUCGUGUUAGCAGAUACUGUCAAUACCUUGCCUGUGUAUACUUCCCCUAGUGGCAUUAGUGCACAGGCCUGACUCACAACAUCAGACCUUGGAUUCCUCUGCCUGAUAGUUUUAUUGGGCCUCCAGAGUCAGCUUUACCUCUCAGCAUGGCAGGCUGGAAGUGGUGGGAAACUAAGGCUUUUUCCUCCCUUACCACUCAGCCCUUAGCUAACCAUUUAUUGGAUACUUCCCAUUGCCCCUCUGCAUUCCUGUUUCCUGGAACCCCCUCAAAAUACACUACUUGUUUUGAGUUCUUACUUCUCGAGCAACCCAAAAUAGGACAAACUACUUGACCCUUCCUUUAACCACCACCCUGUUUCUCUUCUUAUUCUCGAAUAAUUAAGCUAUCAUAUUUAUUCUUCAACCCUGCUCUUACCAGGUUCUGCUGUCACAUGUUACUGGCCUCCUCUCUCUAGAAUUGCACAAGGAUUUACAUGGUAUAGCCAACAGCGAUUUCAGAACUUGGCUUGCUUGAAAUAUCAACUGACGAUAAAUAAUCUUUCCUUUAGCCUCCUCAAUCCCGCUGAUCUGUAACUCUUAAGGAUUUAAACUUACACAGUUGUGGAGGUUGGUUUAGCAGUCUCUGAAAAGUUGUCUUUGCAACUGAUGACUGAUCGCACUGAACCCUGUCCUGAUUCCCAACCCACAGAAUAUAUGAGCAUAAUCACUAUCGUAUGCCUUUAAAUUUUGGGAUUUACUACACAGCCAUAGUAAAUGAAACAUCUGUUUCUUUUGGGGUUACUUAAAUGUGUGUGUGUGUGUGUGUGUGAGAGAGAGAGAGAGAGAGAGAGAGACUCUAUAGAAUACAAUAUGUACCUGAGGAGUCUAGCUCCUAGUUAAAAAACCUAUGUAUGAUUUUCCAGAACUGACCAUAGGCAAUUACAAAGGCUUUAGCUGGCAGGCAUCAUGGGAGAAAGCUCCCCUUCCAGCACCAGUUUUGGGGUACAGUCAGUGCAUGGCAGCCUCUUGAAAAAGUUGGAGUCAAGGACUUAAGCCACUCAGCAGUUACUGGUCUCCAUAGUCAUUAGUCACUCAGGCCCAUCAUGUUCUUCUCGUAUUUGCCUUCCCUGCCCAUUGUAGAUCUCUUUAUAUCAGGCCUGUUCAGGGUCCAAAUUCUUGUCAAGGUGUGUCUGCUGAGGUCUCUAUAUGCAAGGAAGAGGGAUACUUGAAGACAUUUCUUUUCACUGUGAUUCAGCGCCUAGCUCUUUUCUACUUCUAGCCCUUCCCCUCACUCUCUCCUGACCUCAGAACUGCUGGAUCCUUUGGAGAUCCCUCAACAACCCACCCCCACUUCUGGCUGAGCCACCAACUUCAGACCAUCGAGCCUCGUCUUGCCCAGGCAUUUUCUCCCAUCACAGGUUUACUCAAAGCAUUACUUGAAGAAUCUUCAAGGUGCCACAUUGUAACAAUGAUUCAGCUGACAGCUACCCCUGCAAGCACAAGCACGCUGACUGAUGAGCCAGUGCACAUCCGAGCUACAGGCCUGCGUCCCUCUCAGAUAGUGAUUUUUCAGGCAACACUGGAAGAUGAAAAGGGGAACCUGUUUCAUUCUCAAGCCUACUAUAAGGCCAGUGAAGUUGGUGAGGUAGACCUGGAUCAUGCUCCUUCACUUGGAGGUGACUAUAUAGGAGUCCACCCCAUGGGUCUCUUCUGGUCCCUGAAACCUGAAAAUUUUUUAACUAAAUUGAUGAAAAGAGAUGUGAUGACUAGCCCCUUCCUGGUCCAGAUAAAACUUUAUGAUUCAAAUUUACCAUUAGCCCAGAUUGCUGCCACUGAUCCAAAAGUCAGCGUGACUUUGGAGAGGUGGUACAGAGCACCUGGUGUCACACGGAUCCAAGUUCAAGAAGGCCACCUUCGGGGAGCCCUCUUUCUCCCUCCUGGAGAGGGCCGUUUCCCAGGGGUAAUUGACUUGUUUGCUGAUAUUGGUGGGCUGAUUGAAUACCGAGCCAGUCUCCUGGCCAGUCAUGGCUUUGCUGCGUUGGCCUUGGCCUACUGUGACUAUGAAGAUCUGCCUUUACACCCAGAAAAAAUAGAGUUAGAAUAUUUUGAAGAAGCUGUCAACUUUCUCCUGAGACAUCCGAAGGUCCUUGGCCCAGGCGUUGGGAUAGUUUCCAUAAGCAAAGGAGCAGAGAUUGGACUCUCCAUGGCUAUUCACCUAAAACAGGUCAUAGCCACCGUGCUUAUUAAUGGACCCAACUUUGUAUUUAGCACUCCACAGGUAUAUCGCGGUCAAAUUAGUCAGCCCUUGUCCUUCUCUCCACAGUUAGUAUCUAUCAAUGCCUUAGGGUUAGCACAGUUCCAGUAUUGUUUUGAGGAAGCUAGAAGUAAAGCCAGUGAGACCUUUUUUCUCCCCAUUGAAAAGGCCCAGGGACAUUUCCUCUUCAUUGUGGGAGAAGAUGAUAAGAGUAUCAACAGCAAAGCAUAUGCUGAGCAAGCCACAGAACAGUUGAGGAGAAAUGGGAAGGACAAUUGGACCCUGCUAUCAUACCCUGGGGCAGGCCACAUGUUAGAGCCUCCCUAUUCCCCACUGUGCUGUGCCUCAAAGCUCUCCAAACUCCACCUGUUCAUGCAGUGGGGAGGAGAGGUGACCCUGCAUGCAGCUGCACAGGAGCAUUCUUGGAAGGAGAUCCAGAAGUUUCUCAGGAAGCGUCUCAUUCCAGUUGUGACCAGUCAACUCUGAGAAGAGAAAAUGUUCCUGAGAAAUAGAGAAGCAAUAUCAGACCUUCACUUGAUUUUCAUGGAACAAUGUCUUUGACCUCUUAUUGCGGGAGGUUAUAAUAAGAGAAAGCAAGAGGAUGGCAAUGGUCAUGUCUUGACUUGGAAAGGGAAAAAUGGUUCCCACUUAAUCCAGCAUCAUACACAGAGGAUUUUCUAUUUCGAAAAAUAAAUUUAGGGCUCUACCUGCCCUAAAAUUUUCCAGUUUAUAAUUAUAAUAGCAAUUCUCUGGAGGAAGAAAGUUACCAAAAUGAACUACAGAAUCCCCUGGUUUAUAAAACAGACGUGUGUAGAAUCAGGUGUUCAUAUUUGCUGAUUUAUUAAAACUCAGAUUAAAUAUGUUUAGAUUUCUCAUUGAAAAUAUGCUCAUGGCUCAUGGUUACAUCAUUGUCACUGAAAAACUAGAGCAUUAUUUUAAGGCAAUAUGGAAGCUGAUACGGAGGUAACAUGAUUGAGUCGGUCUACAAUAAAUUCAACAAAUGCUAAUAAAAUGAAAUAA